UACAUAUUUUAUUAAUUGUAGAAAUUGUAACUACAUUUUAUAAAUUAUAAAUUCAAUACUACAAAUAACUUAAAUUUUGGGAAAAAUGGCUACCCGAGAAGCUUCUAAAUAUGCUACAAAAGUAGUUAGACCAUUGUUAUCUUCUGAUAAAUCAGAAGCGAAAAAAAGAGUAUUGCAUUUAUACAAAACCUUCUAUAGACAAAUCCCUUUGAUGUUAUUUGAUAGACAUUUACCCGUGACAAAAGAAGAAUGUCAAAACAAAUUAAAAGAGGAGUUCUUAAAAAAUAAACAUAUAACUGAUGUUAGAAUAAUUGAUAUGUUAGUGAUUAAAGUAAGUGGAAAAACUAUAUAAUU